AUCCUACAGAUAGAGUCUGGUACUCUGCUCUGUGAAGCCUGACGGAAUACUUUCCUCCUGGUCUGCGUGUUGAAAAAAGGGGCCGAAGCAACCGCUGCUUCUCUGUGCCACAUUCUAGCUGAGGAGAUUCAUUUGGGUCUACGCGAAAAACCAAGAAAAUGACUCAUUUUAAUAAGGGGCCAGCCUACGGUCUGUCUGCUGAAGUGAGGAGCAAAAUUGCUCAGAAAUAUGACACACAGAAGGAGGAGGAGCUCCGUUUCUGGAUCGAGGAAGUGACGGGAAUGUCCAUUGGAGAGAACUUCCAGAAAGGCUUGAAAGAUGGAGUCAUCCUCUGCGAGCUGAUUAAUAAGCUGCAACCUGGUUCAGUAAAGAGAAUCAACCUUUCACAGCUAAACUGGCACAAGCUGGAAAACCUUGGGAAUUUCAUCAAAGCUAUCCUGGCCUAUGGCCUAAAGCCCAAUGACAUCUUUGAGGCCAAUGACCUGUUUGAAAAUGGGAACAUGACUCAAGUCCAGACCACACUGCUUGCACUGGCCAGCAUGGCAAAGACCAAAGGCAUGGACACAAAGAUUGAUAUUGGGGUGAAAUAUGCAGACAAACAAGCUCGACAUUUUGACGAUGAGAAGAUCAAGGCCGGUCAGUGUGUCAUUGGACUGCAGAUGGGGACAAACAAGUGUGCGAGUCAAGCCGGUAUGACUGCUUAUGGAACCCGAAGACAUCUGUAUGAUCCAAAGACUCAGUCUGACAAACCCUACGACCAGACCACCAUCAGCCUGCAAAUGGGAACCAACAAAGGAGCCAGCCAGGCGGGCAUGUCAGCCCCUGGUACCCGCAGGGACAUCUUUGACCAGAAGGUGGCGAUGCAGCCGUUGGACAACUCCACCAUCUCCCUCCAGAUGGGCACCAACAAGGUGGCGUCUCAGAGGGGUAUGAGUGUGUAUGGUCUGGGACGACAGGUCUACGACCCCAAGUACUGUGCCCCCUCAACAGAGCCAGUCAUCCACACUAAUGGCAGCCAGGGGACCGGCACCAAUGGCUCGGAGAUCAGCGACAGUGACUAUCAGGCUGAGUUCCAAGAGGACGAGUAUCAUGGAGGUUACCAUGACAAUUACAGCUCCCAUUACAAUGAUCAGGGCAUUGACUAUUAGUGGAGACGUCCAGAAAAACAGUUACAAGUGUAUUUUAUCAUCUUCACAACAGAGCAAGUCAUUUGCUAUCCUCACUAGUAUUUUUUUUCUUUAAAAUGAAAUGUUGCCUUGAGUGCUUUACUUUUUCACCUAGACUCUUUGAUCUGAGCAGCAAAGGUUGUAAGAAGUUGCAGUAGCAUUUAAUGAGAUACAUAAACAUGUUUUUAAGCUUGAGAGCAUUCUUUAUUACCCACUUUUUAAAAUGUGUCUUAAUGAUGGAACCAUGAAGUAGUGAUAUGUGAUAUGAUGGUGUAGCAUCAGGUGAAGCUGCUGCAUUCCAGUUUUUGUAUUCCUUAACUGAAACUGCUGCUUGAUCCAUGUGAAAUUGGAGUUGUGGAAUUCCCAUGUGUAGUUCUCAAGAAUAGGCUGAUCGAUGUGACUAUCUCCCCCCUGUGUUCUGUCUGUAAUGUUUUACAUUUAAUCACUAGAUUUUAUUUCCUAUAAUGAUAAGCAUGGUGGCUAUUUGGCUACGGUUAGGGCAGAUGACUAGACCCAAGCUGGCUCUAUUUUACAGCUAGGCUUUCUAGUUCCAUUACAUGACGUAUAGUUUCAUGUUGUUCCCUUUGUAUUCCCAAACUGUAUUUAUUGCAAUGGCUCUCAUUGUAAAACAGCCCACAGUUAUAUGGUUUGUAAAGAAAGAGGUAUGUUAUAAAUAAAGCCUUAACAUUCUUUAAUUCUG